UACUGGCAACACUAAAUAACGACGUUCUUUCGCGGUGCGUGCGACAUGACGCGCCGGUGAAUUUUAUUAUAAAUUUGACGUAAUUCUUCAGUGCAUAUCUCGAAAAUAAGACUUCACAAUGGCCGAUCAAGUCGACUCAAUGUCAGAUGCGGAGCUGCGAACCAAACUAGCCGAGCAUGGGUUUCCAAUUAUGCCUAUAACGGCGUCUACAAGAAAGUUGUUGGUGAAAAAGUUAAAAUUAGUACUAGAUAACAAGAGUAAACCUAGAAGUAGCGUCGAUAACAAAGCCGACACAAGGCGGUCACUCGCACGAUACUCUAGCGGCGAGGAGUCCGAUUUGGACACAACUACGAAUGCUAAGGAGAAACGUGGCCGGCGGGCGACCACCGGCGGGGCGAUGCUACCGCCGGCGGUCAACAAAACACGUCGCCCGCCUUCGAAAAAGGGUUCGCCCGCUAAACGAGAUUCUGAUAAAGGAUCAGAGUCUGAAGAAGAAAAGUCCGGUUUGAGAACACGUGAAGAAGUGGAGACGGUGACCACACGUACUAUCAAACGUACGUACGCCGCGAAUGACGCCGACGACUACGAAACUGGCUCUGACAGUGAUGUAGACGUUGACAAGAAAACAUCUAGUCCUUUUAGAAGCAAUUCGAGAUCUAGUGACUAUAUAUCGAGCACGUUACCGUCUGUUGACGUCAGCACGAGUCCCCCAAAGAGCUCGGUAUUCUCACGAGCAUCUAUCAUCCCUACAAAUUACUCGUCAACAUAUUCUCCAUCAAUGACAUCAUCAGAUAAUCUCAACUCAAUUCGAUCCCGCUUAGGUUUGACAUCCAAUUUAGCUGACCGUCCAUCUAUUAUACCAUCAUCUGGCUUUUCUUCAAACUACUCAACAAGUACUUACCAGCCUUCCACAUCCACCAUAAACGAAGUAGAAUCUCCAUACUUAAGUAACUUUACUAGACGACUGUCUGCCUUAAAAUCAGACCCCACUAAACCCCCAUCUUAUCUUGACCGAGACACAAACAAUGGCAGUACAGUGUUACCGCGCAGAUCUUAUAUUACGGGAGUCAACAGGUCUGAUGUCGUUGAUUAUAAAACUGCAACAGACAUGAAAUUCUUGAAGAAUAAUCUUGUUUCCCUUGCUCUGGUUGUGUUAGUUGCUCUUUUUUUUUUUUGCUUAUUUUUCAUGUAUAUAGUUAAGAAAAACGACAUCACAUCAGUAGUGGAUGAUCAGAACAGCGCCAUACCUAUCUGCCAGUUGAACAUACCUGGUAAUAGACCGGGGAUCAACUGCGUACCUAAAGAGCAAGUCAGCUAUGCUAAGAGUUUAUUAAAAUUGAUACACCCGGAAUUAACAAGUAGGAUAGCUGCAUACAAAUGUGGUCAGCCGGGCGCCUUGCCUUAUCUGACCGAAAGAGAAAUUAUUGAUAUUGCUAGUACAAAACCAGAAACUACAGACAUUAGCCAGUGUCGUACGGAUCUAAAUAACUUGCAGGUUCUUCUUAUAAACAAUCCCCGCUGGGGACUCAAUGUGGUCCAACUGAAAAAUCUUUACACUAAAGAUGCAGAAUACUCAACUAUAUCUUCCACAGACUUAAUAGUUCAACAUAGGACCAAAAACAGUGUUGCUAUCACACUAGCCGACCCCUCCACUCCCCUUUCAUGUUUAUUUGUCAACACCUUGUAUUCUGCUGGGUCUACUCUAGCUGUUAUUGCUCUUCUCACAUUGCUAGCCUUAGGUAUCCAGAGAUCAUACAAAUACUACAUGUCUUAUCAGAAAAGGAAAAGUGAAGAGAUCUAUUCUAUGGUUGAACAAAUUAUUGAUGUAAUAUCUCAAGAAACUGAAGAUAGUGGCGAACCAUACAUAUCUGUUGACCAUGUAAGAGACACGCUUAUCUCGCCACAGAACAGAGAAAAAAUGGCGUCAGUUUGGGAUGCUGCCGUGAAGUUCAUACAGAGGAAUGAGAGCCGAGUCCGCAUGGAAGUGCAAUCCGUUGAUGGUGAGGACUGCCGCGUGUGGCGGUGGAUAUCUGCCCACAGCAGUCCGAAGCGCAGCGCCUCUUGGCAAGGACAGGCUUUCGAAACUCAAGAAGGAUCUGUGAACAAUCUAGUCGUCUCUCCCACACCUUGCCUCAAGAUCCGACACAUGUUCGACAAAAACGAUGACACAACCAUUUUGAGAAUGAAGAUCCAGGAUGCUAUCUUGGAGAAAUGCGACUCGAACUGCAACAUCCUGCACAUCGACGUGGACCGCACGACGUGCUGCGUGUACGUGAAGUGCGCGUCGCCGGCGGACGCGGGCGUGGUGUACCGCAGCCUGCACGGCUGGUGGUACGAGGGCCGCCUCAUCACCGUCAAGUACCUGCGUCUGGAGCGCUACAUGCAGCGCUUCCCGCAGUCGCCGGCCGCGGGGCCCUACCUCACGCCCUCGCGGCCCGCCCGCCGCGCCUGGCCCGACCAGUAGCACGCCACUCUUACGGGAGGUCGGGUGCCACACCUGUGAGCUUCGUUUAUUUAUUGGGAGUAGUAACCUUCAAGGAUUGUUGUCUGCAGCUCGAGUCGAUUUUGUUGCAUUUCUUAUGGGUAUAGAAACUGAUGGAUAGAUUGACAAAUGUAUAGGUAGGAUUUAAUUGGAACGAUGCUUAAUAACAGUUUAUUUUCUUUCUUAUCAUCUCAUAAUAAAUAAAGUACCGCAUAAUAUAUUUUGUUCAUUUGUAUUUUUUCAUUAUCAUCAUAAAUUGGUAACACAUUGGUAUUUUUAAAAUUUAGUCAUGAGUAACUUGUUUUGUACUGAGUCUUGCCUGGAUAUGUCAUGGAUUGUAAUAAUAUAUUGUACCUGUGUUAUAUGUUAUCAUCAUCAAAGUGCAUCCUAGAUGUGGACUGUGUCCUGUAAAGUAAGCUAAAAUCCUUGUACUUGUCAAUUAAAUUUUUUUAAGACGUAAAAGUCACUGAUCUGAUUAUUUUCCUUAUAGUAAGGUGCUGGUCUUGUCAUAAUGCCUUAAUUUUCAAAGGAAUUUGUUUUUAUUAGUGUUAUUUCUAAAUCCCGCUCAGUUGAAUUGUUGUAAAUAUUUGACAUCACAAGAUUCAUGUAAUUUCUAAUGUUUGUUUUAUGUUAAAGAAGUUGCAAGGGCUGUAUUUGUUACUGAAUUUACUGAUGUUUUGGAACAAAUUGUUUUAAAAUGGUAGUCUUAAGUAGGGUAAGUUUCAUAGGAUAUAUCCGACGCAUACAUAUAUUUGAUUUAUUUUUUCUUAUAAUUUGUAAGUUAUCGAUGCGACAGCACAACGUAAAGAUACAUAAGUGUGUUUAAUUUCGUAUAAAAUUGACAUUUUGUUCUUAAGUAUUUCUACUAACUUCACUGUUCUUAAUGUCUAGUUAUUUUUAUGGAUUGAUUUUCAUUUUUUAAUAAAUUGAUUAAGUAAU